CAAUUGUCUUGUUUCCCCUACAAGAUGUUUCUGGAACAUUUGCAGACUCGAUAAAAUUCGCCGACGAGGUUUAAGAUUUAAACGGGUCAGGAAAUCUUGCAUAUUUGACACACUUCUUCGCAGCCCCAACUUUUCCGCAGCCCCAACAGUUUACUUUAACUUCAUCCUAAAAAUGACACAGGCCUCUGCACAAAAUAAUCCCAGGCAAAAGAAAAAAGAAGUGCCUAAUGACGUUCAAGUUCUUGAGAGUUUAAAAGAUGAAUUAAGUGUCCAUGCGUUUUGGAUCGAAACAGAAUGGCAAAAGUGGUCUAUCCAAAGUUUCGACGCUGCUGCAGUCAAAUUGAAUCCUGGUAUUACAAAAGCGAACGCCCACCUUGACCUCACGUACGACAUCAACAUAAUUUUGAAAGCUUUGAAAGACAAGGCAAGCCGCCGCUGCUUACGACUAAAACAAAUGAAAAACGAUCUGAAAAGUAAGUCGUGUAGUCCAUCUUUAUGUUUCAAAACAAACGCUGACUUGCUUUUUUUCUCUAUACUGUUAGCCAUUGGCAAGGACAAAAUCAAUAAUCACUUUUGGCGAGAACAAGUUGUCAGCGAGGCCUUGGUAGAAAGUGAAGAGAAAGCCAUGAAGAGAAAGCGAGCUGUUGCUGAGGAAUGUUUUGCAGUGGCUACCCUUGAAAAAAUGACAAACCAAACACAAGAACUAGUGGGGGCUAAAAGAUCUAUUGAGCAAGUUGGUGAAAGUAGCUCAAGCACGCCCAAACGACAGGAAAUGACUAGUCCACUCAAGGAGAAGUAGGAGAGAUCUUUAAUUAUCAAGACGACAAUAAUUAUACUGAACGUGGUGGACUGAAUCCUUCUAAAAUUGAUGACGAUGUACAUGAAAGACAUCAAGCAGAUAACGGUGAAAAUGAUGAAG